AUGUCAUUUAUACCACAUCUUAGGCGGCCAAUUGGAACGAAAGUUAAAGGCUCAGAGGAUCAUGUUCGGUUUGCCGAUGAACCUGAAACGAGAUAUAGUAGGACUGGAAGACACCCAACUAGAUUGACAAGACACGAAAAAGAAGCCAGAAAAGAAGACGCUUUGAGGUUUCUUCGCCGACGCAAUGAAGAUCUGGAUGGAUUAAUGGAUAAUGGUGGCAUAUCUAGGAGGCUUCGAACAUCAUCAUACGCAAUAGAUCAUCCAAUACACAGGGACAGGGACCUCAACAAACGUACAUAUGAAUUAAUGAGAGAAUCACCAAUAAGGCGGAUACCAAAUCCACAGAGCUUGAACAAUGAUAAUGUUCUACGUAGUGUACGGAAAGAGGCAAGUUCAAACCUUCCAAUAUUAAAUAAUAGGAAGUUCACGACCUCCACCACAGAAAGUCCACGGAAGAGACACAGAGGAUUACUGGAUUCCUUAUCUUCAGUUGGAUCUCGAUUACUCAAUGCUGCAUUGUUUAAUGAGAGGAAGGAAGACAGAAAAAUGAGGGAUAAUGAUAGGAAUAUCAAUACUGACAGCCUAGUUGAGAAAUGGGAUAAGGAAGAGUUGAAACGCAUUAAUGCUAAUAAUGAGCUUGAACGACAAAUAAGGCAGAAAAGAAGAUUAUUGGAACAACUGAAUUCAAGUAUAAGAAGAUCUGAGUGGAAGGACCAAGACACACCCACGCGGGAUGAGUUUAAUAAGUAUGAUCUUGAAGCUAAAAUGGACAAACUAGAAAACGCUAUUAAAACUUUACAUGGUAGUACGUCAAAAGAAGAUGUUCUAAAAGAAUUAGGGGCAAUUAGACAAGAACUUUUAGGCAUGAAAAGUAGACAAGAAAGCAAUAAUAUGAAGUUUGAGUCGAGAAUGGAAGAAUUACAGCUAGAGGCCCAGUUAAAUCUAAGAAGGUACAAGAAGAUGCUGGAGGAUCUAGGACGGAAAAGAAAUGAAAUAGAGAAGCAGAAAGAUGAAAUGAUUAAAAUGUUAAGGAAAGCAGUUAGGAAGAAGAGGAAAAGAAGAGAGGUUAGUGAUAGUGGAAGCGAGGAAGAAGAAGAGGAAGAAGAUGACGAUUAUGACUUCCCUGCCGGUAGCAAAAGCCGUGAUUACGAUAAGGAUAAUAUAGAUUUGAGCAGUGAUUCAGAUUCGAUCUCCGAGUUCGAGAACGAAAAAUCGCCUAAACAUACUUCAAAGUUGUCACCAACUCACACAAGGGGCCGAAAAAGAAGAAAGACAACCUCGAGUUCGAUUCGAUCUAAACUAAAUAAAAUAACGAAGAGAAUGAAGAGUAUGGAACAUGACGUUAGCAAUAACAGGCAUCAGGCCAAAAAAUUACAGGAGGAAAUUUAG